AUGGCCCAUCUUCACAUAAUCAACAAAGAUACUAGGGCUUUGAACCGGACCUCACAAAAGCCUUGGUGUUCACAGCAGCUUCUCACGCUUACUAUGCGUCUCUAUUUCUUCCUCUCACACCGGCGAUUUAGGGCCAUCCCUCUUUCAUAUCUUCUGGUUGCUAGAGCCUGCAAGUUAUUAAAGAAACACAAAAUCAUCAUAUUCUUAUCCUCUUCAUGUUCUCUUCCGCCGACCACCCUAAGCCGGUCAAAAAACCCUUCCGUUGGAAACCCUAAGUCGUCGCCGUCUAAAUUAGUUCCUCCAUCGCCCACCAGGCGUGUUCUUCUCCAACAUCAAGUAGCACCAACCACGCAUUCUGUUACUCCAUAUACAAAUUCUUUUUCCUCCAACCCUCUUGCCGACCACCCCUUCUCCUCCCCCUUGCCGAUAUGUGUAUAUCGUUUGCUCCCUUUCAUGUUCUUUUCUACAUUUGGCACAAAUGUUGAUAAGUUUUCUCAGUUGGAAGAACAAGAGUUUCAGAAUCUAAAGAGGUUAUGGAAAGUAUCAGUAACCUCUCAAGAUCUUCGGAUGAUUGGCAAUAUAUGGGGAUCGACUGUCUUCUGUUACUUCUUCCUAUCAGAUUUUGGUAAAAGAUUAACUUAUCGCCCAAUAUCUAUUGAAACUGGAGUCAUUGCUCAGGCAUAUGGUUCAGCAAGAGUGAAGAUGGGUAAAACUGAAGUCAUACCUUUGACUUGUCGUCUCAACUUGUUGACCAUAUCAAACAUCACUGCUGGAAACAAGGAGCAGAUUCAGACAUUCAUUGAAGCAAAUAUCAUUGGCCCUCUUAUUCAUCUGCUUCAAAAUGAAGAAUUUGACAUCAAAAAGGAGGUUGCAUCAGCUAUCUCAAAUGCUACUUCUGGUGGAAGCCAUGACCAAAUCAAGUGGGAUUCAUAA